ACUCGAUUGCGUCUCGGUCUGCCGCUUCAUCACCUUCCUGUAUCGGCGUAUGUCGCUGCUCGUCUUCUGGAUGCUCCGAACCAGAGCCUCUCAAUAAAUCGUCUACAAAGAGUUUCAUACACAGCCUUAUCUACCAGUUCAGCCGCUCAGCGCUACGAUAAUCCGAUCUGGGCUGGCCGUGGAAAAAUCGUCUCUACACUAUCGAAUGAGUUUACUGGUGGAAAUAACUGGUAAAUAUGGCGUCGGAUUCACAACCUGCUGCAGUUAUGGAAGGUGAAAUUCAAAAGGAGGAAGAAACGGGAAAGACGCAAGGAACCACGGUGGAAGAUAGCCAGGCGUCUGACAACGAGGGAACCGAGCGUCCCGUGCGACAGAAACUGAAGGAGACGUCAAUCGCUUCUGCUCAGCAGGAAACAAUCACCAAGAACGGCGAGGAAGCAACCGAUGUGAAGAUGACAUCAACUACAGAUGCGCAGCAAUCAGCGGAUACCAACCACACCAUGGAACUCGGCGGAGGUUCGGAUAGCCGGUCGAGCAGCCGAGGCAGAAAGAGGUCAUUCGAUGACGAAGAAGCGGAAAGUGAUGGCGAGGAACAUGGUCACAGACGCAAGAGAUCGCGCGACUCUACCAGCGAAGGUGACGAGCAGCCGCCACGGAGCGAGAAUGACCUUCCAAGGAAGAUCUUGAGCCCAAAGAAAAAGAGAAGUCGGGACAAGCUCGAUGAAGACGGGUCCGGGGAACGUGCUACGGAGAAGACGGAUACGAAGACCGAGAAUGUGGAAUCAGAAGAGAAGCCCGAGUCUGAAGGACAGCCUGAGAAGAAGCGACACCGUGACAAUUCCACAGAAAGAAAGCCGGCCCCUGUCACGAGCGCCUUUGCCAAUACGUCCGCAGUCUCUCCAUUCGGCUCCCUUGGCGCAUCAAAAUCCAAGGAAGAAGUACCUACCAAAGCGGCGGCUGUAACCUCUCCCUCUGCCUUUGCCUCGUCAAGCCUGGCAGCAUUUGCUGGGUCAGAGCAGUCGCCUUUCGGUUCGCUUGGAGCGUCCACUCCAUCUAUUUUCAAGUCGCCAGCCGCGUCCGAGACUGAGAAACCAGCAGCCACGGGAUUUGCAGCUGGAGCAAGUACCUCCGGCUUUGCGGGCUUAGGAUCAGGUUUUUCAGGGUUCAGUGGUGGAUUCGGAGCAGCUGCUAAAUCCGGGGGGCUCACCAGCUUCGCUUCUCGCACUGCGCCUAGCACCUUUGGCAGCAGCAGUAAGGACAAGCCAUUUGGAGCGGCGGAUGCGGAUGAAGAAGAGGAGGAAGAGGACGAAGCCGAAACAGGUCCCAAAGAAUUCGAGGCAGAGAAACCCGACGAGAGAUUCUUCGAGCGGCAGAUUGAGACAGGCGAGGAACAAGAGAAGACGUACUUCAGCGGCAAAGCGAAGCUUUUCCAGUUCACGAACAAGGAAUGGAAGGAGCGCGGUAUUGGCACAUUCAAGGUGAAUGUGAAAGUAACGGACGGCCAGGAGGAUAAAAAGGCGGCUCGCAUGAUCAUGCGAGCGGAUGGCGUCUUGAGGGUCAUGCUCAACACCCCCCUUUUCAAGGGCAUGAAGGUCGGAGAUCCGUCGGGCAAUGAACCCAAGUCCAAGCAGAUUCAUUUGGUUGGUGUCGAGGACGGCCGUACUGUCCCCCUCCUGCUCAGGGUGGGAAGUGAGGACGCCGCGAAAGAGCUCUACCAUGUCAUUCAGGAUCUAUUACAGCACCAGUAGACUAUGUCACUAAAGGCUCGGUUGCAACGACGCGACACAUUCGACGAUGGUACAUUGCACCAAAUUAUUAGUUGUCCAUACUUGAAAACCUUUACGAUACCUGGGCCGACAAUAGAUCUUAUGGGGCAAUUGACAGAGCGGGCUUGGAGAUGUGGGCUGACUUUCUUGCAUUUUCUGGCUGGGUUGUUGGGGCUUGAAGUUCUGGAGCAUGAAGCUUUGGAGCAUGGUUUGAACUACCUAGACUGAGGAGUAACUUCUGUCUUCUUUAAUACAUAUUGCACUUCUAC